AUGGAGUGGGGAAAUGCAGUAUUUGCUGCCAGGCGACGAGAUGACGACACGACAAGGGACUCUAUUUUCACCUACACUAACAGCAAUAACACAAGGGGUCCUUUUGAGGGGCCCAACUAUCACAUCGCCCCUCGAUGGGUGUACAAUAUCUCGACAUGCUGGAUGUUUUUCGUAGUCGUUGCUUCUGUCUUCACCAAUGGCCUGGUGCUGGUGGCCACAGCCAAAUUCAAGAAGCUACGCCACCCUCUCAACUGGAUCUUGGUCAACCUCGCUAUAGCUGAUCUUGGAGAGACGCUUUUUGCCAGCACCAUCAGUGUCACCAACCAGAUCUUCGGCUACUUUAUUCUCGGACAUCCCAUGUGUGUUUUUGAAGGCUUUACUGUCGCUACAUGUGGUAUUGCUGGUCUGUGGUCUUUGACUGUAAUCUCAUGGGAGAGAUGGGUUGUUGUCUGCAAACCAUUUGGAAAUGUUAAGUUCGAUGCAAAAUGGGCAUCUGCUGGAAUUAUUUUCUCCUGGGUUUGGUCUGCUUUCUGGUGUGCACCCCCCAUCUUUGGGUGGAGCAGAUACUGGCCUCAUGGUCUUAAGACCUCAUGUGGUCCUGAUGUCUUCAGUGGAAAUGAGGACCCUGGUGUUAGGUCCUACAUGAUUACACUGAUGAUCACUUGCUGUAUUAUCCCACUGGGCAUCAUCAUUCUCUGCUACAUCGCUGUCUGGCUGGCCAUUCGUAGUGUCGCUCAGCAGCAGAAAGACUCAGAAUCUACACAGAAAGCUGAGAAGGAAGUGUCCAGAAUGGUGGUUGUCAUGAUCGUGGCCUACUGUGUUUGCUGGGGUCCUUACACGUUCUUUGUCUGCUUUGGAGCAGCAAACCCGGGCUAUGCCUUCCACCCACUGGCAGCAGCUAUGCCUGCUUACUUUGCCAAGAGCGCUACCAUCUACAACCCUAUCAUCUAUGUCUUCAUGAACCGACAGUUCCGUGUAUGCAUCAUGCAGCUCUUUGGAAAGAAAGUUGAUGAUGGAUCUGAGGUGUCCACAUCCAAAACAGAAGUGUCUUCUGUGGCUCCUGCAUAAACCUUUUUUUGACAUUUUUGGCUUCAAUUCAAGAAAAGGACAGAGAAAACUAUUUCAGAGAACUGGACUUGCAAUUGUGUCAAAUCUACAUACAGUAUGUAGCUAAAAUGCUUUAAAACAAUUUUUGUGUCCUGGGAAAUGUUGAACUCUGACUGAACACCAUUUGGUAAAACUUGAAGAGUUUAUUUUUUCAAUCUAUUCAUGAGAACGUUUAACAAAAGUUUUUCAUGAAAUAUCGCAAA